GAAGACGACGAUUACGAAUUACGAUUCCGACUACUACGACUACUACGACGCCUACGACGACUUCAACGACGACGACCAAGAGGACGACGAACAGAAAGAACGUGCGCGUCCGGCUUAACUCACGAGUCAAGAUGGAGCUAGUAGACGUGGACAUUGACUAGAGUUACAAGAGAAUUAAGAAAGAAGAGAAAAGUGUUCGCCUAAGAAGAGAAUUUUCGGAGGAGGAUGCUCGGCAGUUGGGGCUGGGAAGAAGAAUUGGAGUUGGGAGAGGGAACAGCAACCCUGUCGCAAGAUAGACAAAGACGAGAAAGCCCAGACUCGACGCAUCCUGUCCCCGACAGCCGGGUGCUGAGGUAUGCACCCAGCCGGUGUCACCACCCUCCCAGCUUCAACUCGCCACAUUUCAGCACACAGCCUCCUCUCGACUGUACGGACUCGUGAGGUGGUCAAAAUGCUGACUGCUCAUUCUGAGAUGCACGAAAAACGGGAUCCCCUUGGAAGCGGACAAUAUGGAGCAGGCGGGGGUGGUGGAGGCAGUUUGAUCGAAGAAAAAUCUACUCCGGAACAGCCACCCCCGCCGCCGGCGCCUCCUCAGCGGGAUCCAUCGGAUCCAACGAUCAGUGCUAAGAAACUUCCAAAGAAACGAAAGUUUGAUCCAUCGGAGCUCGAGGAGAUGGAUAAAACCAGCAAUGUAACGAGAACCAUAAAUAAUAUAGUGAACAUACGGGCACCGAAUAUGCCACUCGGUCAAUCAGGUUUAGUUCAGCAGGCAACCUUAGCAACUCGGCAAUCGCCGCAGCAGCAAGAAUCCGAUUGCUAUCAGGUACAGGUAUCCUCGGCACAUUCGGUGGUAGUUUUACCGCCUCAAAGUACAGCAGUGGAUUAUUCUGUUCGAGAGGAAUCUUUACGUUCUCGUCCUCGGCCUGCUACUGUUGCUAUUGAUCUCAGUGAGUGGCGCGACCACAGAGUGUUAGCUUUAAGGGAUUCAUAUUAUUAUCCAGGUGUUAUUCGUAAUGUUGUUCAAGGAGAAAUUUACAUAGAGUUUGACGGGGAAAGAAAACUAAUGCGUUACACUGACAUUUUGGGCGCGGGGAGGUACGAUGUGAUAGGUGAUGCGAGCCCUUCGGUUGGCCAAGUGACUUUAGAUGCGAAAGUUUGUAUUAGGUGUCCAACGUCAAACAAUCAUAUCGAUGCUGCUAAAGUGUUUGUAAAAGGGACAGUGUGCAAAAUUUUAACCAAACCUAAGCGUUUUGUUGUUAAAAUACCAAGGGAAGAUGAUCAGAGUGAUAGUUAUGUUGUGAAACGUGCGGAUCUACGGUUAGUGCAACCCCCAUGGUGGGACGAGCUAGAAGAAGGAUUGGAAGACUGUGAUUCUUCGAGGGUCGAAGGAAUUGAACAUGGCUAUCGAAAUUCUUCAGAACCUUCAACAGCAGUGCCAAUUUUGCAACUUCAUCACACUUCUCAUCAUACAUCUCAUAUAUCAACUCAUAGCGACACAGGUGGUUAUUACAGAACUACUGGUACUAGCCCUCUCAUGACUCUAGCCACCUCUGCACAUCCUGCCACUACAGCAUUAAGUAAUGGAAGUCGACCGUAUGAUGAUUUAGAAAGCGAAGAUGACUUGGAUAGGGAAGAUAUUACAUUCCCUUCGGAUGCAGAUGCAAAAUUGUCAGGCAGCAGUAAAAGAAGCAGCAUGCAAAGUCGAGGAAGUACCAGUAGUUUAGUCGAGCAACGCAGCAUAACUCCUCGUUCUCAAGCAGCCACGCCCAGAUCUCAGGCGGCAACGCCACAUAGAUAUAAAAAAGGUGAUGUAGUGGCUACACCAAGUGGAGUUAGAAAAAAGUUCAACGGUAAACAAUGGCGCAGACUCUGUAGUAAAGAGGGAUGUUCUAAAGAAAGUCAACGAAGGGGAUACUGUUCUCGUCAUCUUAGUUUGAAAGGUUCUUGUCUUAGAGGUCCAACCAAUACCUUUCCUGGUGGUAAGAUGGAUGGUGAGGAAACAUCUAGAGAUUCUGACACUUCUCCAAAUUAUGGAGAUAGAAGAAUUGCUGGUCGAUUUGAUCAAGACGAAACUGAAGCUGCUAAUAUGCUAGUUUCCUUGGGAAGCUCUAGAUCAGCAACACCAGCCUUUUCCUCGCCAACUGGACAGUCUUCUAUAUCUCCUUGUAUCAAUCAGUCUCCAGUACCACCUUUGGGACUGAAUCAAAACAAUGUGUUUAUGCCUAUUUCAAGCCCUGCUCAUCAUGCAACUCCAUUAAUUUCGCCUGGUGCAAAAUGGAAACAUUCACCUACUCAAUCUACUUUCCUUACUCAGUAUCAGCAGCAGGUGAUAAAACCUGAACCCAAUCGGGUGGUUAGAUCAAAUCGACCAGCUCCGACUGCCCCAGUCCCUGCUAGUAUAGGAACAAGCGUGAUAAGAAUCUCUCCUGUGAGUCGUGGAAUACCUGGAUCUAAUUUAACUUUGUCAUGGUCGGAACAAAGCCCACCGCCGCGGCAUCCAUCAGUUGUGACGACUAUAGCUCAACAACAGCAAGGCAUAAUUCUUCAGCAUGCACUCACAACAAACAAUGGCUUUUCCAGUCACUCUGAAAUAUCUGAACAAAACCCGCAAAUAUUGAAACCAUCUCAUUCACCUCAUAUGCCAUUGUCUGCACCAACACCACAAAACUUAACUCUUUUGCAUAAGCCUUUAGAACAACCAGUUGAUUAUGCUCAACCACAAACGCAAAAUCAACCAAUAUAUGUAAUGCAACAUCAACACGAAAAAAAGUAUCUUGUGAUCAAAAAUAGUAUGGAUGUGUCUGCAGCAGGCCAUAUAAACAAUCAAGAUGAUAAAUAUAGACCAGCAUUAAUGAAUCACUUAGGUCAGCUUCCAGCAACGUUACAUCAAACGCAAUGCCAACCUCCACAGUCACCUGCUGUUUCGUCCGUCCAUGUUGAUAAAUUAUCCGUUUUGCAAGCGAGUAAAGUAGCUACACAUGCAUCCUCUCAUAUGGAUAUGCAGAGAGCGCAACCACCACCUACGAGCGUUGUGAUGACAACCACUACUGAAGCUUCAAACCCGCCUACCCCAACAAGUGUCUUCCAGCAUGUAAUUGUACAACCCGCGCACUUGGUACAAAUUUCUAAAACACAAUCGUCUAGGGAAGAAAAUUCUAAAAAUAAUGGAGUUCUGUAUGGCAACCAUGAUGUACCUCCUGCAUACCAGCCCCAUCCCCCAUCAUUACUGAACAAUGCAGUGCGCAACUGGAAAAAAGCUUUCCCUUGGCAGACAACGGUACUGGAUCAGUCAGAAGUAAGUCCUCCACCAUCUGCAUUAAGUCCACCUUUGAGCGCGCCUCCAAUUCCAAUUGGCAUGAGUACGCCUGGUGAAGAUGGAUCUGGACCGGGUCCGGAUCCUAUAACUCCCGCUGAAGAAGAAGAUGACGAUGUUUUUGAAACAGAACCGACAACUCCCGUAGAAGUUGAGGCUAAUGCUAAUAAGAGACGCAGUCAAUCUCUUAGUGCAUUGCAUUCUAAAGAGCCUCAGAGUCCACUUAAAACUAAAGACAGAAUACGCCGACCGAUGAACGCAUUUAUGAUUUUUUCUAAACGACAUCGUGCAGUGGUGCAUCAAAGACAUCCAAACCAAGAUAAUCGUACUGUGUCCAAGAUAUUAGGAGAGUGGUGGUAUGCAUUAGGUCCAGAAGAAAAACAAAAAUAUCAUGAUCUUGCAUCGGAGGUGAAAGAAGCACAUUUUAAAGCGCAUCCAGAUUGGAAAUGGUGUAGCAAAGAUAGACGGAAAUCUUCAACGACAAGUUUCAAAGGUAGCGAAUCCCGAGGGAAAUUGAACAGUACUGGGGAAGAAACAGACACGGGACCACCGGCAGACGAUGUACCAUUAACGCCAAGAGCUACAGACGAAAUUACUGUUCCCGUUACUACUGUAUACAAUGAAGCUCCCACGAUCGAUGUUAUCAAUCAGUCGCAUACUCAUAGGAUAAUGGAAAUGCCUCUGCCACUUGAAAAUACAGAACCUGAUUUAAAACAGGAGGAAGAUGGUAAUGCAUCAGACGAGGAUCAAAUGGUAAUCUGUGAAGAUCCACAACCUGAAAUAGAUUUAAAGUGCAAAGAUAAACUAACAGAUAGCGAUAAUGACGUACAAGAUGACGAUGCUGAAAAAAAAUGUUACACGCAAUCACGGUUUUCACCUGUAAGCGGUCAGAAGAGGGAAGCAAUGAAUGUUAAACAAGAAGUAACCUGUAGACCUAAACCGAUAAAAGCACGAAUACCUUCAACAGGUAUUGAGACUACAACUAAGUAUCAUCAUACUUCUAUGGAUAAAGGAGGAAGCGUUUCGGUUCUAUCCAGCACAUAUCCUUAUCAUAGCCCCGUCAAUCCGACUGGAGUAUCAGGUUUUCAACCUACUGGUGGGGCUUUUAUUACCAUGCCAAUAUCUCCAAAAGUUGUUAAACCAGAACCAGUGAAAAAUGAACAACAGUAUAGUACCCAAUAUAGUAUGAGCAAUUUGGUGGCAAGCAUUCAUGAGAAUGGAAGAAAUAUGCCUAAAUUUACGGCUGCUCCGGUAUUACAUUCCAUUGGAUCGAAACCUAUGAUGGCUCUGUUUAAACAACAGCAGCCGUUGCAGUCUUUAGGCACUAUUCUUCGCCCCCUUACUUCAGCUGUCCCUUAUCAACCAUCGUUCACUCUAACAUUGCUCGAUAACGAUUUGGUGGCUGUUUCCAAACCGCAGCAGGGAUCGCAGUAUCUUGGUCCAACAUCACCUCAUCCCCGGAUGUACUGUGGAUUCAAUAUACCAAUCUCUGAUGCUGGCAAUCGCAACAUAUCCUCACAAGGUUUAGUUUCUGGUAAUAAGAUGGAAACCCAAAGUGUCAUAGUGAGCAAACCAUACUCGGUUUCAACAACUUCUACUACGUCGACUUAUCGAGGAAUUGGUCAUUCAAUAACACGUCUUGCAGAAUCAGAAAAAGGUGAAAAUCAAGUAGGGAAUAAUCAUGCUCAGUUUUAUGUAACCAAUGUAAAGUCUGAUCAGGAAAGAAAAGAUACCGUGAAUAUUCUUCUGCCUACUACGAAUGACAAACAUAAACAGCCAUCUACUCCACAUACUCCCCAUACACCACUCAGUAACCAUGGUAGUAGUGAAAUUUCCACCAAUAAAUCAUAUUCCAUGGAUGAAACACAGCUUAAUGAUAUAGGCCCAAGUAAGGGUCCUUUUAUGCUUGCUCCAACUCCAGCACAGCUUGGCCGAGCACCGUUACAAAGGAGACAAUCAAUGGCAAUGCCUCCCACAUCAACUGCAGGAGACCAUGGGCCUCUGGUGUCUCAACAUUGCGACAAUCGUCCACAAACGAACACAUCUCAAGCGACAGAGCAAAUACAGCAACAACAAAAUUUUUCAGAAUCUCAUGCUUCCCCGUCACCAUCUACUAAAAAGGGUUCUUUCUUCAAGAAAAAUGUCGAAGAUGGAAUGGACCGAGUUCUCGAGCAAGUGAAUUUCCAAGAAAAAUUUUCAUCCUUACCAGAAUUUAAACCAGAAGAUAUACAAAGUCCAAGUGCAAUCAGUAUCAAUACAGCGGGUUCCUGUGGUCAUGGUUCAGUAGUAACGUCUGGCUUACAUGCUUCAAAUUUACAGUCGUCAAUGCAAAUACAAAGUUAUCGAAAAAAAUCUGCACAAGCACCUCAUAGGCCCACAAUGAAUGAGGACGACAUCGAAUCAGAUACGUCAAUAUCUGCUACUCCAAAAUCAACUUCCAGUGUCAAAUUGACAGGAAACACGUUCUUUGGUCCAGAUUUCAAUGUUGAUGCAUAUAGAACUAACACCGAUCUAGUGGGAGAUGUUGAUGCUAGCUCUCCUAGGACACCAAAAACGCCUGGAGGAGGUGCUGGAAACUCUGUAGGAAUUGGUAGGAGCGAAAAUGACCGGGGUCAUAGGAAAGUACUAGAGCAACGUCGACACCUUGUAAUGCAAUUAUUUCAAGAACACGGUUACUUUCCUUCAACGCAAGCUACUACAACUUUUCAAGCAAAACAUUCAGAUAUAUUUCCUAAUAAGACAAGUUUGCAAUUAAAGAUUAGAGAGGUCAGGCAAAAAUUAAAAGCUAACUCAACACCUAUGAGUGCUAACAGUCUAGUGAGUCCACUACCUGUCUCUGAACCUUCACCUAACAUAACUGGACCAUUGACUGCUCCCCCUACGUCGAUGGGAGCUCCACAUAUACUGCCUGUAAGCAGUAGUGGUAGCUAGCGCCCACGUGCCAACUGUGAUACUAUGCAUCCACUUACUCCACAGCAUGAGUACAUCAUUAUUCAUUGAAAGAAGGAAAGUUUUUAUCGAAAAAAUUGUUGAUGUACAAGUUUUAGCGAGUUGUAAAGUGCUGCAAGGCUUUAGUGCAAUUCGAACUUUGAUGUAACCUGGUGCAGGUAACUUAGACAGGCAUAUCAAGGUGAGUUUGAUGUACACAUAUCAGUAAAAUCUUCUUAUUGUAUAUAAAACUGAAGAAAUAUUGAGUCGACUGUUUCUCAAGAUUACUAAUGUUGACUUAAAUGCGUGUUCGAGUAUCUGUGUUCCAUUGGAAUAAUAACAUGUAAAAUUGUAAAAUGUUGGUGUGAUAAAGAAUCUACUGUAUUUUAGCAACGAUAUAACGUUCAUUAGAAAGUUAAAAGCUCAACUUACAGGCUUAAUCAUAUUAUCCUGUUUAAUAAUGAAACGAGGAAGGAAUAAUAGAAUCACAUAAAAUAACUGUUUCGAAAUAUGUAAUUCGAAAAAAAAGAGCUUUCUUCUAUCAGAAGAAAAGACAAUACUCUUCUGUAUUCUAAAUCUAAAGAUGAAAUGGUAAUAUAGAAGUGAAGAAAUUAUUUUACUACAUUAUAAAAUCACAACUCAUAGUUGUACAGUACCAAACGUACAUAACCGAUAUUUGUACAUCGAAACACCUUGCAAGGAUUAUGGAAGGCCUAAGCCAUUGUUAAACAUUGUUAAAAAUACUAUGAGAUCCAAGUAGAAAGAAAGAAGGAGUAUGCAUGAUAUAGAAAAUGAAGUUUCGCGUGAGUGUAGGAUGUGUGUGGGUGUUUUUGUGAGAAAGAGGAAGAGAAAAACGUAAUCAGAGAGUAUUAGAAUUAAUGAAGCAUUAUAAGAUGAAAUCAGAGUUUAUAUACUUUAGUUAUACUUUAUAUAUGAUAUAGAUGAAAAAGAAAACUAUAGAAAAAAGAAAGAACUGCGAUAAACAUUGCACAAAAUUUAUGUAAUGCAGUCUGCAGAUAUGUUUAUUUUACUUGUAAAUACUAUGGCAUGACUUGGAGUGGAAGAUAUCUGGAGAGUUUAAAGUAUCUAUGAUGCUGUGUCUGACAAUUUUAAGACGGAAGCAUUCUUUUGGUGAUUCAUAGAUUAUUAUAAUGGAGAUAAAAAUCGUGCCAUUGUGCGGCGACAAACAAGGGAAUGCAUGCGUAAUAAAAAGUCCCUUAAUAAUAAAGAAUUAAUUGUUAGACCCCAUUUGAUAGGUAAUAUGUAAUAUGUUUACAAUAUUCUCGAAAGUACUUAUCUACUGUUUUUAGAACUCUGCUUAAAUUCAACGCGUUUGAUUUACGUUUUAUAAGCAUUUUAAAGUCAAUCUGCUUUUUUCUUUACUUCUUUUCUCUUUUUUCCUUUUGGCCAAUUUAGAUGUAAGCGGUUUUAUGAAGGCCGUAUUUUUUUCUGUUUUUUUUUCUUUUUUUUUUUUCUUUUUUUUUGGCCAUGACAAGUUAUUUGCUUUUAUCUUUAGCAUGCCCUAAUUAAAUGCGUAUAUGAUUUAAUGGAAAAUAUAAUUGCAAAUAGAUAAAAUUUAAUACUAAUAUCAAGCACCAAGCUAAGAAAAAAGGUGCCGAGGAGGUUUAUUGAAUAUGUUGUUGCAAUUCAAAUUUUGUUACUACGCUUUUAACAGAAAUCGUUGUUCAUUAUGAAAAUUAUAUAUAUAUACAUAUUUCGUUUAUUUUAGCGCAUUUUAUCGGUCAAAUGUAUUUUUACGUUAUAGAGAAAUGUUCACACCUUUAGAGGAAACGCGUUGAAUUUCAACAGAAAUUGUUGAAUUUGGCUGUAAAAUAGAUUAUGUAAUUAGUGAUAUGUUUAUAAAAAAAAAAGCGCACCUUGAAAGGUUUAAAAGUCUCGCGCCACGGCACGCAUAUUGUAGUUAGGAUAGGAACAAUGUCUAUUCUACAUAUUUUGUAAAUAGGAAAAAUAUACAAUAUACUGAAUAUAUAUAUAUUAUAUAAAAAUUAGGAUACAUCCGAAACGGUAGAGUAGAGCAUUGUAAUUUGUAGAAUAAUAAUUAUAAUGAAAACGCAGGCAGGAUUAGGAUAAAACAAAAAAAGAAAAGAUUUAUAGAUUGUGGGCCUUCAGAUAUGAACUGUUGCGCACGGAAUGGUCCCCUAACCCUUCUCCAAAGUUAACCCUUUCCUAAAGUGUUAGGAUAUUAUUAUUUGUGUACACACACGCGCCCGUGCGCGCGCACGAAAUUACAUUACUCUCUUACCAUUUCUUGAUUAUUGUUUUUUUAUAGAGCGUUAAACGCACUGGUGGCAAGCGAUUACCGAAGAGAAGAGACACUUGAAAUCUGCAUUGGUCACUCCUGUGAACAAUACUUUGAAAAAGUUUUGAUUUCUUUUUAAGAUGAAGUUUCUUCUCUCUGUCUGUCUGUCUCUGUCUGUCUGUCUUUCUCUCUCUCUCUCUAUCUCUAUCUCCUUAAAAGUAUAUUUAUUGUGUAAAAAAUGUAAUUUAGCGAUAUUUACACAUUUAUUAGACGGCUUUAUUAGAAAUCAUAUAUUCCGUGUUCAUAUCACAUCUUUUAAACAAUGUUACUCUUCUUAUUUACCGCGUCACUUUUAUCAGAAUUAGUACUCAGAGAAAAAUUUUAAAGUCGUUUAUAAUAGCAAAAAUUAUCUCAAAUUCAAUAUCUUUUAACGUUCGUUUUAUAAAUACUACAUUAUUUAAUCAAAAGUAAUAUUUUAGGUAUAAUAGCUUUACCUUUUUUUAAAAAUAUCUUUGUUUUAAAAGUUGUGGUUUUCACGAUAUUUUAUAUGAAUCAUGUAAUCUAAUUUAUAAUUUACACAAAUGAAAGUGAUAAAAUAUUUCUCACGUUACGGAUAUUUAAAAAAAGAAGGAACAUUUUAAUAUAUCUGGCUUUUUCUGGAAUGAUCACAUUGUUUUCUGAAUAACUUCUUCUUGUAUACAGGAAUGGACGUUAACAGAGAUUGAGUGUCUCUAAGUACUUGCCCCUUUCAAAGAAUUUAAAUGAAAUAUUAUAUUUUGUACUUGUGUAAACUAGUGAACUAUCUUUCCAGUAUUGAUAAGAUUUUGAAGUUACUUUUCAUAUUUUCUUCCCCUUUCCUUCUUUUCUCUCUUUUUUUGUUAAAAAAUAUUGGUGAUGAAAUAUGUUCCGUGAUUUAGCAGCCAUACAUGUGACUGUGAUUUAGGAAAACAGAAGUAAAGUAAAGUGGCGGCUACUCUACUGGCAUUUUCUUCACCACAUUAUAUCUUCCCAAUUCCUCCCUCUAAAUACUUUCUCUAACAUUGUGUAAAAUGAAUGCACUUGAACAAAUCCUAUGUACCUACUUCCUCAUUUUGUUUUCCUCUCUUUUUUUAUUACUCUCAUUACUUGUAAUAAUGUAUUUUUAUUAUGUUCUAAGUUGCUAUUCAUCUAUUAUAGUCAUUCUAUUAUUUCUUGUUUAAUUCUGAAAUAUUUUUAAAUCUGUUAUAUGGUAUAUAAUAUCAGUCACGGAAUAACGUUAUGAAACAUAAUACCGAACAUAGGAAAAAUAAUAAAUGAUACACAUAGAAGCAAUUAAAAUGGCUCUGUGUAGAAAGCAUACCAUGAAUCUUUGUUAUGUACAGCAUCGAUGCACUGUACUGAGGAAAAUACAUACCAUGUACGUGCGUAGGUAAUAAAAUGUAAUCAUAUGGAAAAAAAAAGGAGAAAAUAUUAAAGACAUAGUGAAAUAUUUGACAAUUUGCAAGUGCAAACAUAUACACGAUACAUAUGCAUAUAUAUAUAUAUAUAUAUAUAUAUAUAUGCAUAUAUACAUAUAUAUAAAACUCAUUAUAGGAACAAUUGGCUGAGGCAUUAAAAUCUGUCCGAAUCUGCGUAUUGCCGUUUGCAAAUAGCAGACAUAUAAAAUUCUAAAAAUAUUCUUCUUAGUACUUUCGAUACGACCGUACGUUUAAAAAUUAAUUUUCAACUCUAAUCGGCGAAAUACAGGAACUAAGCUAUCUUCUUAAAAAUAUCUUAACGAAAAAAUAACGUUAUCAGCACCAUAUUAUAAAUUAUACAUUAUGAUACUCGAGAUAUAAAUAUUGCAUUUUCAAAAUCAUAAAAUCGCACGAAUGAAAUUCUGUAACAUAUUUAAUACAUGUAUAAUUAUAUGUGUAAUUGAUUUUCUCUCUGAAUUGAUCUCUCUCUCUCUCUCUCUCUCUCUCUCUUUUCGUUUCUUAGUUUUAAAUUAAAAAUAUUCCCAGAUUUUUCGAAUAUGCAGAAAAUAUUGGUAAAUAGAUAUUUUUCUGCUACAGUAGAUCAAAUUAUAUCUUUUAUCAAUUUUUAAGUAAUUAUCAAUUUAUAUCUUUUAUCACCUAAUUACUUUUGAAAAUUGUAUAAAAGAGGAAAAUGAAAAUACAUAAAUGAAUGUUAAAAAUGAAAAUAGCAAUUUUAUAAGUUUCAAGAAUGCAUUCAAAUUGAUUUAUGAUUGAAAUUAUGAAAGAAAUGUUGAAUAAUUCAAAGUAACAAACAAAUAACAAAAUUUUAAAUAAGUUAUAUUACAUCAACUAUAGGGAACAGUUGCAUUAUGCAUAUUUAUGCAUAUUUAUACAUAUGGUGUUUUGAAUAUUAAUUAUACUUAAAUUUGAUCAAUUCCUAUAUUUAACAAUACUAAAUAGUAUUUGAAAAUUGCAAGAAUCGACAACGAAUACCAUUAUCAAUUUACCGUUUGUAUCUAUUUCAUUAAUUUACAGAAGAAUAAAGAAAGUAAAAUGCGCUUGUUAUGUAAAGAGUGUGUAAAAAGUAAGCGUAAGAGCCAUCAUAAUGGGAUUCCACGCGUUUGGAUCGGCGGAGAUUUUAAAAAAAAAAGUUCGUGCAAAAUUCACCUUGAGCUUGAAAUUCAAAGUCAAAUUUUAUUAUUGCAUCAUAUUCUACUCAUCACGAGGAUCAAACGUCUUAACAAUCAACGAGCAUCAAUAUGUAUAUAUGUAUAUAUAUAAAACUGAUCUUAUUUAUAAUAUAUUUACGUUUCAUAGUCAAAUACACGAUAAAUGGCAUCUACCGUUGCACGCAGGUAUCUUUCUUUCUUUCUUCCUUUUCGAAUCUGCAUAAUAGCCGUGCUAACUUUCGUAUGGCCAUCACUUUAACGCGUUGUUUAAACAGCACCGGACUCGCAUUUCUACUUUUCGGCCAAGUCUCUCCCUAAGAUUACGCGUUGAUUCUAGACGAUAUUCGAUUCGAUAUUUUAAUUCAUCCUUCAAUGGAUAUAAUCCGUUCACCUGAACUGAUCCACUGAAUUGAUCCAAUCGUAAGAAAUGACGACGACCUGGAACUUCUGAACCGCAGUCAUCUCUCGUUAUUCUUUGCCGAUUGUCGAUCUGUUGUUUCAAAUGUGCUAAAGAAUAAUUGACAGCGGCUUCGUCAAUAGCGCGCUAUGUAAACUCUGCCUGAUCGCAAGAUGCAAAUAUAUUAUGAGUAAUAUCAGUUUUAUAUAGGAUGUACCGAAGAUCGUGGUACAGAGUAUCACGCGCAAAGUUACAAUUUUUCAUACGAGGCUUCGUUUUCGAGAAAAUCAGCUAUGAAGCUGCAUAUACUUCAUUCUCGUUGUUUUUCAAGUGCACACGAUGAAAUUUCAUAGUUAGGUUUUCUCGAAAACGUAGCCCUGUAUCAACACUCACCAUUCUACAUUUUCGACUUACCUUUGCAUGGUGAAACUCCGCCUCUCGACUUCUACCACGAUUUUCGGUACACAAUGUAUAUACAUACACGCGUACAUAUGUGGAAUUAAUAAUAAAACUUUAAUAAUCUUCUCGAAGAGAACAACCGAGUGCGACUCGUGGUUCCCUCGAGGCGUUUGAUCCUCGUGACGAGUAGAAUACGAUGGAAUAGAAAAAAAAUAAUCUUGAACCUCAACGUUAGGGUUCAAUUCUGUAGGAAUUUUUCUUUUUUCGAAUCUCCACCGUUCCAAAAGUGUGGAAUGCCGCUAUGGUAUUUUCCAAACUUACCUUUUGUACAUCCUAUACAAAUUGUUUCAAAACGUAAAUUUAAAUCGAACAAAAUUCCACAAUAUUUUAUGUUUCAUAUUUCUAAUGAAUUUUUAUGCAAGAAAUUAUUUCUUUCAAUUCUCAAUAGGAUCGUGUAUACUAAAAGAUAUACAUAAGAUUCGUGAAUUGUAAAUAUAUGAAGAAAGAGUAUGCAAACGAUCUGUACGCGAUUGGCAGAUUUUAACUCCGAUGCCCUUAUACGAGAACCACGUACGUGUUGGACCAAAUUUGCCAGUAUGGCCACAUUUUGCGUUACAAAUAUGUUACAUUUCCUGAAGAACGAUAUGGACGAUAUGAGACGUUAGUAUAAGAAGAAAGUAAGACAGAAUUUGCAGUGUAACAUUUGCGACGGACAUGUAUUUACGUGGCGGCGAGCUUUUGAAAAGAUAUACACACGUCUUUGACGAGAAUAUCCUUUAAAAAGAUACGUAUGUAUAUUGUAUAUACGCGUAUUUAACACUAAAGGAAUAACGAAUCAGCGCGAACAACAGUUGUUUGCCAUUCCUUUUUCUUCUUUUGAUCAUUUAAUCAUUUAUUAUGGUAUCCAUAAUAGUUUCGAAAGAAUUACGUGAAUAAACGAUAUCAUUUUUCUAAAAUUAUGAAUAGCUCAUUGACAACAGCGUUGAAUAAUUAAGAAACGAAAUUUCCUAUUUUCACUUCACUACAAAAUUGUCCAACUUGUCUAUAAUCUGUAUAAUGUCCUGUUUACAAGAAUAAAGGAAAUUGAAAUCGGGCAUAGUACGCAAGAACUGAUAGCUACCGUGAAACUUCAGAAAGCACUGUCGGUUGUAUCGUCUCGUUAACGAAUCGGUUAAUGUUAUUAUUUUCGUAAACGAGUAUAAUUAUUUGCAAAUUCUUCACUUUCUAAAGAGGAACGCUUCCCCGUGUUUCAUUUAAAAUGAUAGUUUGUUCUUAAGAAGAAUAGUAAAACACGGACAAAUUUUCUUUUUUUUUUUCCUUUUUCUUUCUUUCUUUUUUAACAUGGUCGUUUCGUGGAAACUGUUUAUUCAUUUUUUUCCAAGAUAAUCUAACAUGAAUAUCACUUAUGAAAAGGUAGUAAUAAAGGGAUCCAUGACUUUCGACACGAUUCAUUUUUAGCGCAAGAGAAGAUAUAAAGAUGUCUUUAAAUCUAAGAAUAUUUAUUACUUAUGCGUAACAUAUUGUGCAAUGUUACAUCGUUCUAAGGUGUACAAAAAAUGUCAUUUAUAUAUUCAUGGCAUUCAUGCUUCUUUGAAGAAUUCGUAAGUUCAUUUUGGCGAUGAUAUUUCCAAAUAUGUAUUGCUGUAUUUAAAGCAACCGAGACUGAAUCUCAUUUUGUUCAGCGAUACAAACCGAAUUACGAAUCGACGAUAUAACGUUCACUGUCUGCGGUAUCCUCUAUUAACCGUACAACAACAACACGAAUAAACAUAAACACUGGCUUUUUAUACACGUAAAGCGUUUUGUAUUUGCUUUCCGUACGUACAUCUCAGAAAACUUGAAGAAAAGUCGACUAGCAUCGCAAACAGUUAUAUUAACACACCCCGUAAAUAAUGUAAUGUUUUCUGCCAAUAUAUUUGGUCAAUCAGUAAUAUACUCUCUUUUAUUUCUAUUAUAUAAUUGUUGGCGUAGUAGAUAUCUUUCUACUUGAAAUUUUCUAUCCUCUUUUCAUAAAAUUCUGAACCAUGUAACGAUAACUUCCUUCGCUUUAAACUUAAGUGUCAGAAAAAUCGCGUUAUUUAUGGGACGAUCGACCUACAAUGUCAAAGUGUAAAAUAUUUUUAUCGGACAUGAAAAUCUGCCGUAUUUGUUUCGAAAACGAAAAGUGAACGCAAAUGGCAAAAAAGAAGAAAAAGAGCAACGUCGAUGUGCAGUCUGACAUUGUAUUGCCGAAAAAUUAUAUAUCGUGCUUAAAUGAACAGAAUUUGUUUCUUUGCACGCAGCAGCAUUGAUAGACUGUAUUCUACUCUCUUGCUUUUAAGGGCUUUGCAUAAAAACGCGUUAACAACUAAGAUUAUAGUAGGGUUAAACAUCGAUAGAGAACAUUUGAUUUCUUACAGGAUUAGUACCGUCAAAAAGAGAGAAAAAAGAAAAAGAAAAAAGGAAGAAGAAAGGAAGAAAAAAGGGAGAAGAAAAAGUGACUCAUGCGUGAGACUUAGAUUUAGAUUUAUUAUAACUUUAAUACGAGUUGUAAGAUAAUGUAUACCAAUGCUAUAAUAUUUAUAUCGUCACUAUAAAUAUUAUAUAAUAGGUAUGAUAUUAUUGUUGUAUAAAAGAAAAAGAGAUUAAAAAAAGACGAAGGAAGAAAGAACGAGAGAACACUUGCAGCUAAUACAGGAAAUAAUCUGUCUAAUCCAAUAGGAUGAAAUCCUUCAUUAACACGAAAGAACUUAAGAAUUGGCUUUUUCCUUCUUCGAGUAAAUUUGAACAUUAUAACGCAAAAGAUAUUUUUCGAUCAAAGAAGACAGAUACUGUUCCAACGUUUACACGGAAAUAUACACUUUUCUCGGGGAAAUGUUAUUUAAGGGCCUCUGUACAUUACUAUUGCUAACAUCAUCAUAUAUGUAAAGAAAGAGUAAGCAUAUAAGAAAAAAAAAAAAAAAAAAAGAAAGAAGAA